CGCGUUGGAUGCGCUCCGCGUUUCUCGUGGCGCUCUUCGUCGCCCCGGCUGCUGUCCUGGCCCCAGGCUUGCGGGUCGCUCGCCGCCGCCGGAACAGCCGCUCGCAAGUGCGCGUGUCGGCGCGAGUGUGAGUGCGUCGCGCGUUCUCCUUCCACUGGCUCCUGCGGUGUGACCGGGAGCCAGCGGCGACUGGUGACCGCAACACUCUUGCGCGCGCUAUGGUGGUGCGUCGUCCGACUGUUGCACGUGCGCGACAAGCGGCGAAGACGACAGCGACGUGCCCGUGGCGACUGUGAGCGCGAACUCUUCCGAAGCUUGGAUACUCGUCGACGGGACAUUCGAGGAGAACCAGCACCGUCGCCAUGCAGUGCCGGAGGCCGUCACCUCGUCGGCAAAACCCCCCUGCGGGCAUGCUUCUACGCAUCUUCGCCGGGUGCCUGGUCCUGGUUAACACAGGAGUCCACUGCCAGCAGCAGAGCUUCCGCGUUCGGCCGCAGCCCGUGGAGGUGAUCGAGGGACGCACGGUGGAACUCAGGUGUGAGGUGGCCAACCAGGCCGGCGCAGUCCAAUGGAGCAAGGAUGGAUUUGUACUGGGGUUCAACCGGAGCAUUCCAGGAUACCCCCGCUACACAAUGAUCGGCGAUCCCGCCCAAGGCGUCCACAACUUAAGGAUAGACAAUGCGACGCUCGAAGACGAUGCGGAAUACCAAUGCCAGGUCGGCCCGACAGCAGACCACAGGGCUAUUCGAUCGGACGCCCACGUCACUGUAUUGCUGCCCCCUUCUUCCGUGACCAUCACGAACCACCCGAACGGCAGCAGCGUGGAAGUUCGCCGAUCCGAGUCCGUCAAGCUCACCUGCGUCGUUUCCCAGGCGAAGCCCGCGGCUCAGCUCAAGUGGCACCGCGAGAACGUCGAGCUUCGCCCAGACAACGUGCAGUACAGCGUUGAAGAGAGCGAAGGAGGUCGCCAGAAUGCCAUCAGCAGCUUGACGCUGACUCCACGACCGGAGGACAACGGCGUCGCCUACUCCUGCGAGGCUGUUCAUCCCGCGCUGGGGACACCGCUCUCGGCCUCCGUCAAGUUGGACGUGCUCUUUGCGCCUGGACCCCCGGAGAUCCACGGCUACACCGAAGGCGAAACGAUCCGCAUGGGCGACACGACCACGCUCCGGUGCAUCUCCCGCGGCGGCAACCCGCUGGCGCAGCUCGUCUGGUACCGCAACCAGGAGCGCCGCGUGGUGGACAGCUCGUACACCACGAGCGGCCGCGAGUCGGUCAACACGCUCACCUUCGUGGCCAACUCGUCGGACAACAACGCCGUGUACCAGUGCGCCGCCACAAACGUCGUGGCGCCCGAGCCGAUGACGGCGUCGGUGCGGCUCACCGUCCAGUUCGCACCUUCGAAGGUGAAAGUACGCGGCCCAAAGGAAGCCAAGGCGGGGGACCAGGUAACCAUGCGCUGUUCCACAGAGCGCAGCAACCCGCCUGCCGAAGUCUCGUGGGUGGUGGACGGCCGACCCUUCGAGUCCGUUUCCACCAUGACGGCUGACCCAAAGGGCGGAUGGGUCACCACAUCGAACAUCACUGUCAACAUCACGGGACAAGAACGAAAUAUGAAGAUGUUCUCCUGCUACGCGGUCAAUCAGGCCCUUGGAGACACGGUCGUGGAAACUGCGGCCGUCAGCAUUCUCUAUGCUCCAGAGACCCCGCGAAUUUUUGGGUACAAGGAAGGAACUGCUAUUCAGGCGAAGUCGCUGCAGCACAUCACCUGCGUGACGAACGGUGGGAAUCCGCUGCCGACUGUCCGCUGGUUCAAAGGAACGCAAAGGGUGGAGUCUACUUCGAAGGCUAACGGAAAUUCAGUGACCUCGGAAGUGGCGAUCGUUGCGCAAGACUCGGACAACGGAGCGGAGUAUCGUUGCGAGGCCUCCAACCCGGCAACGAAGAAAGCCCUGACAACGAGCAUCAAGCUCACGGUUCAUUUUCCACCCCCUGCUGUCACUAUCAAGAUAAAACCCCGAAAGCCGAGGUCCGGACAAAAGCUCACGCUGACCUGUGAGACUGGCUCCAGCAACCCGGCCUCCGUGAUCAGUUGGUGGAAGGACGGCCUGCAGCUCUCCGGAGCGACCGAGGAGCCGCCUGUUGACGCGCCGUUCGGAGGCAAGGCCUCCAAGAGCGUCUUGGUGGUGAACGUCACCGCCGACGACAACGAGGCCAACUACAUGUGCCAGGCCACCAACAAGGCGCUGCAGCUGAGCGUGCACGACUCGGUGUUCCUCGACGUCACCUACAAGCCCGAGUUCUCGAUCGGUCCGCUGGAGCGCUUCGACAUCGUCGAAGGCCGCUCGCUGGUCAUCAACCUGACGGCGCAGGCGAACCCGCGGCCGGUCAGCUACACGUGGAAGAAAGGCGACCGCCGGCUGCCCGCGGCUCGCAGCUCCGAGCGGUCGUCGAGCCGCUCCGCCUCCUCUCCCUCGGCGCGUGUGUCCGCCAGCGGACCGCUGCUUAACCUAACGGGCGUGGAGCGCAGCGACGGGGGCGUCUACGAGUGCGAAGCCACAAACAGCGAAGGGUCGACGAAGGCGUCCAUCCUCAUCAACGUCCAGUACGGCGCAGUGAUCAAGGCUGUCACCGAGACCGUGAUCAUCGACGCCGGCUCCAACGCCCAGCUCGAGUGCGACGUGGACGCGAAGCCAUUCAACGACGACACAGUGUCCUGGCGCCGGCCGGGCUUCGACAUGAGCCGCACGCGUCAGAUGAUCAAGGAUGACAUGCGAUCCAUCUUCACUGUGUACAACGUGUCGCGCGAAGAUUCGGGCCCGUUUGACUGCGUCGCCCACAACGGCAUCGGCGAAGAGGCCGUCAUGACCGCCAACCUCAUCGUCAAAUUCCGGCCCGAGAUCGACCAGAGUCCUCCGCAGCUGAAGGCAGCGGGCAAAGAAGGUGGCACGGCCGAGCUGGUGUGCCGCGCCCAGGCAGCGCCGAACGCCACGUUCUCGUGGUCUCGCGAGGGCGUCGUCAUCACCGCUUCGUCUCCGCAACCGGACAAGUACGACGUGUCCGUGCGCCAGGUGGACCUGCUGACCUUCGAGAGCACGCUUCACGUGAAGCUCAUCCGGUCCUCCGACUACGGUCACUACGAGUGCGUGGCCCGGAACGAGCUGGGCUUCGACAGCGCCAAGGUUCACCUGGACACGCUCAGUGCGCCAGACCCGCCGCUGCAGCUGAAGGUGACCAAUGCCACCUACAACAGCCUGACGCUGGUGUGGCGGCCGGGCUUCGACGGUGGUCUUCCGCAGUCCUUCCGCAUCCGGUACCGGCAGGCGGCGUCGAGCGAAGGCUACCACUACCAGGACGUGCUGCUGUCCAACGUCACCAGCUACACCGUGGGCUCACUCCGGCCGGACACCGAGUACUCGCUGGGCAUCAUGUCCUUCAACGCCUACGGAGAGGGGAAGUACCUCGAGGACAUCGUCAAGGGAAAGACCACGGAUGACGCUCCACCUGCGCUUACCCAAGAAAUCCCGCCGCCGGCGAAGAUCGACAUUCCCAAGAUAAUCAUCACCAGCGUCUCCGUCGUGGGGACUUCGCUAUUGUUUCUCAACAUCAUCCUAGUCAUUUGCUUCGUUCGCAAAAGGAGGAAGAAGCGUCUGGAGGAAGAAGAGAGUGACCAGUCGAGCAAGACUGCCACGAUCGAGAUGUACGCGCCGAGCAGCUACAACGAGACCAUGAACGGCGAGACGGUCAGUUCCACGUCCGAGAAGAGCGAGGCUUACUCCAAUGAGCACAGCGCUGAAUACUCGGAGGAAUCGAGCAAACCCGCCGCGGCGACGUACUUGAUCGAUCAGGCAAGCGACAGCUACGUUCCCGACGGUUCGCUGCACUAUGCCCCGUACAACCGCUACGGCGACGAAGCAGUUCCGGCGGCCGGCAACGGGAGCAUCGAUCGGCGGAUGUUGCCCAACAGGCGAGUCCACUACGAAGGAGAAGACGAGUUCUACAGCGACGCACUGCGGCGCAACGCAUACAACCAGAAACUAGGAGACAAGGUUGGCUACGGCAAGGUACCAGGCGUCGGGGCAAGCCAGCCCCCGCCUCCACCAGGCCGCACCUCGGCAAGCGGCGUGGACGCAAUCUACAACAUCAAGGCGGACCAGCAGCGAUACGUUCCCUACCCAGUUCCCGGCGGCGCCCAGGGCUCCGGCCCUGGAGGGCCUUCCGUCCACCACCACCCGGGAGGCGACGUGGCCGCCGCGGCGGGGCAGACCAUCCUCACCACGUUCAGCCCGUCGGGCAACGUGCCAGUCUCGCCCGUGCUGGCCUCCAUGCACAGCUACGGACCGCCGCUCAUGGACGGCGCCCCGGCGCAUGACGAGAUGGACGGCCAUCUUGUCUGACGCUCCACCGCCGUCUAGCGUGACCACCGAUGAUCGCUAGCCUCGCACCCCCUCUGUUACCGAGUCGCCGACGCAGACCGGCGGCUGCGUUCGAACACGGAAUCUUAUUAUUUUUUCUUCUUCCGACGUCCGCGCCGCUGCCACAGGCAAGCGCGGCAAUCGGGCCAACGCUACGGUGUGCCGGAACAGCCGCGUUUGGGUGCGGGAUGUGCAAGAGAACGGAAGUGAAAAAACUGCGUCGAGUCACGAGAACAACACCGAGUACGCUGUGUAUUCGAAAAACUUCGUGAACCACUUGGUUGCCACCGCCUGCCGCUCAGCAGCCGGACUGCAGAGAAAACAAAGCCAGUUCGUCGCGCCCUCGACGACGACGUCACGUCUGCUUGUCCCACGCCGUACGCCGCUGACUUGGGGUAGGCCCAGUUUCAAGAGCGAACGCGUGAACGUCACCAUCGGCAGCGGAAGAGACCAGGGGAAGACCACGUGGUCCUUCUUUCCCAACAGUCAUUUCUCGCUAUAGUCGGGUUUCAGUCAACCGUCGAGUGGUGCGCUGUCUUCAGGGAUGCUACAGAGCUUGUGAACGAGUCCACGUGAAUGUGAAAGAAAGUGUUGCGCGUUAAUUGCUGUCUUCUCACGUGUUUCGUUCUUGCCUUUGAUUUUUUUGCGGCGUCAGUGACGACGUGUGCGUGUAUGAGUUUACGCGCCUGUGGAUGUUUUUUUUUGGACGUCCGAGGACUCUGCUGUCGCAUUGGCGGCAACUAUUUGUUGUGCUCAAGUCGUGCAUCUAGGAAAGCGUCGUCUACGAGUCCGUCACCGACGGAGUAUCUUUGUACAGACGAACUACAGACGGCUUUCCAUCGUGCCUUAUUGCAAUCUAGUAAAUUUCAGUGCGGAACUCGCUUAAUUUGAAAGCCGCCCCGUUCACAUCCAGAUUUUGUAGUGUGCUCGUCUCCGAUCGACUACCGGACACUGAGUGUGAUGUUGUCAGUGCGCUCUAGGACUAAGAGUUUUUUUCUCUCUCUCUUUUCGUCGUUGGGCGAGAGUUAGCAUGAAACUUCUGCUCGGUGUUUAUUUAUAGUAAUUAUGAAUUUGAAGCAACUGUGUGUUGCGUUUUGGUUUUGUACAAUUUGAGAUGCGAAUGCGUCCCAUGAAAGAAUGACAUCGUUAAGUUUCACUUGUUCUCUAUCAAAACUUUCAUUGUCUCUGCUUUAGUAUAUUUAAUUUUUUUUUCGUUGUGUGCACACGUUUACUUUACGUUUUGAAAACAUGUGACGGUGUGAAUUGUGUACAUAACUCAGUGCAAGCAUGCCAUGGAGCUGUCACUCUAUUCACCUCAUAGCCACAAAGUAAGGUAACCGCAUUUUCUCAUCACGUCUAGUCACAGCCAAUGGCCAAAGAAACUGCUGUUGCUCUCACGCCAGACUGAAACUUUCUUACGAAUACCAGGUACAGCGUUAAGAAAGGUAGGUACUGUUAUCGCAAUUAGGGUACUUUCAGCUUUCUGAAAUUCCUUAAGAUACUCGGUCACAAGGAAACUUAAAUUUUUGUGCCAGUUAAUUUUCUAGGGCUGCUGAACUCACAGAUUCUUCAAUAUGUUGAGUUCACGAACUUUUCUCUCGAUGCAGUCGUAAAUGAAUUUGCAUCGCUGUUGGCCUAGUUCUGCUUCUGCUAUAACUCGAACUCAUUAUUAUGACAUCAUGCAGCUCUGUGCGACCAGCGUGGCAGACAUUGUAAAGCCUAGUCUUGCUGACUAUCACCAAAGGACCAACAUGCGAACAUGCUUGCGAUUCCUUUUCGCACAAGCGAGCUGUCAUGAAGCUACGAGCAUAAUUUUUUAUGUGUUUUGUUGUGUUUACAAGGCGCAAAAAAUGGCGACGAGUUUUUGGUCAGCGAAGGCAAGCGCCACCAGUCCGCUUUCACCACGUCUGCUGACCCGCUUCAAAAAAUGUACAGCAAUACACAUGAAUAAAUGGUUUGUCCUUAA